AUGUCGAUGCAGAGUGGUAGCUUCCGAUUCCUCAACCUCAUCAAGCCGGUGAUGUGCGUCCUUCCGGAGGUAGAGGCUCCCGACCGUAGGAUUCCUUUCAAAGAGAAGAUUUUGUGGACGUCCAUCUCCUUGUUUGUUUUCCUAGUUUGCUGCCAGAUUCCGCUCUAUGGUGUGCUGACCUCCAAGAGCUCCGAUCCCUUCUACUGGAUGCGAGUCAUCCUAGCUUCGAAUCGAGGCACUCUCAUGGAGCUUGGAAUCUCGCCAAUCAUUACCUCCGGCAUGGUGAUGCAGCUCUUAGCCGGCAGCAGGAUUAUUGACGUGGACCUGACUCUCAAGGAGGAUAAGAUCCUUUUCCAGGGCGCGCAGAAGCUGUUCGGCAUGCUGAUCACCAUGGGAGAGGCCGUGGCUUACGUCAUGAGUGGCAUGUACGGCAGCCUGCGGGAGAUUGGAGCUACCAGUGCCAUCUUGAUCAUCCUGCAGCUCUUCUUUGCCGGGAUUGUUGUUAUCCUCUUGGACGAGCUGAUGCAGAAGGGCUAUGGCAUGGGUUCCGGAAUCUCGCUUUUCAUCGCGACGAACAUCUGCGAGAGCAUCAUCUGGAAGGCAUUCUCCCCAACGACCAUGAAUACUGGCAAGGGAACCGAGUUUGAAGGUGCCAUCGUUGCAACCUUCCACUUCAUGGCAUCGAGGAGCGACAAGCUGGUGGCCUUGAAGGAGGCCUUCUACAGACAAUCUGCGCCGAAUCUCACGAACCUCUUCGCCACCGUCCUCGUCUUCUUCAUUGUGAUUUACUUCCAAGGUUUCAAAGUCGACCUGCCAGUGAAGUAUCAGAAGAUGCGAGGAUCGCAGGGCUCCUUCCCCAUCAAGCUGUUCUACACAUCCAACAUUCCCAUCAUCCUGCAGACAGCGCUGGUCUCGAAUCUCUACUUCCUGUCUCAGCUGCUUUACAGGCGCUUCAAGUCGAACAUGCUCGUGAACUUGCUCGGCCAAUGGCAGGAGGCAGACUUUGGCGGUCAAUCCGUGCCGGUGGGAGGUUUCGCCUACUACAUCUCGCCACCCUCCAGUGUCUCCAACAUAUGGGAGGAUCCGCUUCAUGCAUUGAUCUACGUGUCCUUCGUCCUCAUCUCCUGCGCGCUCUUCUCCAAAUUCUGGAUUGAGGUGUCUGGGUCCUCGCCCAGGGACGUGGCGAAGCACCUGCGAGAUCAGUCCAUGGUCUUCAAAGGCCACAGAGAAGAGUCCCUGUUGAAGGUUCUGGACAUGUACAUCCCGACUGCUGCCGCCUUUGGAGGCAUGUGCAUCGGGAUGCUGACCAUCAUGGCAGACUUCCUGGGAGCGAUCGGCAGUGGCACGGGCAUCUUGCUCGCGGUCACCAUCAUCUACCAGUACUUCGAGAUGAUCUACAAGGUUCCGUUGUGCAUGAGCCAAACUGGCUUGGACACCCUGGAGGCUCACAUUCGUGCCCUUACUGCUCGGGUGGAACUGCUGGAGCUUGAGAACAAGGUGCUAAAGGUGCGAGUGGAGCGGCUGGAAGGCGAGGGCUUUGAGGUGGUCAGUGAGAGCCGCCCUGCAACUCCGCCACGCGAGUCGGCUUCGCUUUCGUCCUGUCUGGCAGCAUCUUCACCUUACCGCCCGGCGGAGCGCUCGAGGCCUUCUUCCUCUUCGGCGGUGGCUAGCUCUUCGGGGCCCUCAGCGGAGAAGUUUCGGGGACAGGUUGCUGACGAGAUCGGUGCUUACAUUCGCCGCUGCCUUAGCGGAGGCAACCGAGGCAGCAGCGGCCAUGAGAAGAUUGAUCUCCCCAACCGGGUCUACGUGGUCGUCAAGGACUUCAAGGAGAACCUCUUUGAUCCGGCGCGGGUCUUUUCUACUUGGAGGGACACGCAGCCGAUUGUGAGCGUGGGCCCCGGACCUGGGAAACAGUUUGGUGAGAGCAUCUUCGUUGGUUUUCCGAGCCAGUGGGAGGCGGCGGCUCAGGACCUUAGCCGCUUUGCCUUGGCGCGAGAAGACGGUCCGAUUUUUGACUACGGCUUGGUGGCAGUAAGGCCUAAAGCUGUGGAAGGUGCUCCUUGGGUGGCACUUGUGGUGAUUGGCGAGGACGCCGACGGCGAGUUGGUGGUGGCAUUGCCGGGUGGAGCUUGGCAUCGCACUGCUACUGCUGCUCGCCGCCGCGUGCCGACGGCGAGUUUGAAGUCGCCUCGGGCCUUUUCAGUGCGGCUGGCGGCCUUCGAGGCAAGAGUGGCUGAGCUGCGCACGGCUUGGGCACAGCUCUUGGACUUCGUGGCGGUCGGCGAGGCAGAUUUGGAUCUGGGCUUCAGCUUUGGGGAGGGUGAGCAGGUGGACUGCGUGUUCCCUCCGGACCUCGUUGAAGCAGCCGGGAACAGGCUCGCCUCCCAUCGACCUGUUUCCGAGGACAGCCGAGACGAACCAGGAUGGGCAGCCAGAGUGGCCGACCUCGAGCGAGACAUGGGCAACCUUCAGCAAGGCAUCAAGGACAUUUUGGCGAAGCUGGGAAGCGGACCUGCAGAGGCGGCCGACCGACCGCAGCAGCCGGCGACUUCCCGGCCUUCCGCCUUGCGAACUUCUACUCGAGACAAAGCCCCUCCUCCGCCAGCCGGAGUGCCGGACAGCCACUUGCAGGAGAUGGCUCGUGUUGUUCAGGGCUCCCGUUCGAAGCUGAAGGAUCAGCCGGCUCCUGCAAAGGCGAUUUGGGCUCCUCCCACAUCUCUUGCGGCACUGGACCAGACCGACGACGAGCCCGAGGAGGAGACUGCGGACGAGGGUGAGGUACAGGGCGGCGACCGGAUGGCAGCCGCCAUCGAGAAGCUGACGGUGAUUGCCACCACUCUGGAGGGGCUUCUGGAGGCGGGGGGCGCAACAGACACCUGUGGCUCAGCAGGCGCUUCGCGGAGGAAUUCUGCUGCCCUUCGCGUUUUGAAGCGUGCUCUCAGGGACCAUCCUCGCGAGCUGGCCGACGGCAUGCUGGAGCGCAUGGCCGCCGACUUUGGGUUGGCAAGGGCGCUUCCUGGAGGAGACCGGGUUCCCGUGACAGCCAGAGCUUGGGUCGAAAGCAGGGCCCGCAUCCAGCACCAUUAUCCCUCUACGGUGCGGUUCGCUUGGAUCUUAGCGGGGGUGGUGGACGCUUUGGGCCGAGGCGACUACGACGAACGCCUUGCCCGAUCUCUGGUGGGGCUGGCUGCUGUGGAGCAACUGAGCUUGGACAGGGGCAGCUGGACACUGGCGGAGCCGAUGUUGCUGGAGGAGCCUGCUCCUCUGAGCAGCUUUUAUGGAAGGCAGAUGCCAACGGGGAGCGCGCAGCCCUUCACGCGCUUGCUCGAUGCCAGGACGAUCGAGCUGCUGGUCUACCAGGUGAAGGAGGUCGACGAGUACUUAGAGAGGCGAAAGAAGCUGGGAAAUCGCUGGGAAAUCGCCGCUCCCCCCCCUCCAUUUCUGCAAGACGACACGAGGAUGCCACCGGACAACAAGGGCGGCAAAGGCAAGCCGAAGGCCAGGCCGAAGGGUGCCGCGGCCAAGGGCGAGCAAGCAUGA